AUGUCGAAAGUGGCUAGCUUGUCUUACAAGAAGAGCCAGCAGCUCUUGAAAUCCUUGUGCGACCAACAACGACAAACCCUGGGCACUGGGUUUGAGAGUGCCAAUAUCCUUCUCUCACCCAAGUACCGCCUCAGAGACAGGGAUCUGAGAAAGAUCCACAAGGCUGCGCGUGUCGGGGAUGCAGCCAGAGUGAGGCAGCUCCUGCUUGGGAAAUGCGGUGUGAAUGACAGAGACAAGAAGAAGAGGACUGCCCUACACAUUGCCUGUGCUUAUGGUCACCCAAAAGUAGUGAUGGCCCUGAUAGAAGGAAAGUGUGAGAUUGAUGCCAUUGACAGUGACAAGUGCACAGGUCUAGUGAAGGCUGUGCAAUGUCAGGAAGAAGAAUGUGCCACCAUUCUGCUGGAGAAUGGCGCUGACCCAAAUGUUGUUGACACCCUGGGCAAUAGCGCCCUCCACUAUGCUGUCUAUUAUAAGAAUACAUCACUGGCUGCAAAACUGCUUGAGCAUGAAGUGAAUAUUGAAGUGAUAAAUAAGAGUGGCUUCACACCAUUUUUACUGGCUGUCAGCGAAAACAAACUGAAGAUGGCAACAUUUUUAUCAACGAAGAAUGCUAAUAUACAUACAAUUGAUAACCAGAAAAGAACAGCCCUCAUGCAUGCUGUAAGUCACGACUCAACAAACCUAGUCAGAUUUGUUCUUCAGCAAGGUGUAGACCUCUUUUUGAAAGAUGCCUUUGGGUUGACUGCAAUAGAUUAUGCUGCUGAUUUUAAAUAUGAUACCAACAUGGAAAUCCUUCUUGAAUAUAAAGAAAAGAGGUAUGAGGAAUCCGAAAAAGCCAACAUAGAUAUGACAUGCACAUUAGCCACAGAAAAAGUGGAUGAAGAUGAAUCAUCUUGGGAUUCUGAGAGUGUCUCUGAGAGUCUUCCACUUAUUCGAAUUGGUGUUGAUGGAAUGUUACAAGUAAAUGGCCAAGCAGUUGAAGAAGAAAGGAAGCAGGGGAUGAAUGAAGGGGGAGCAUCAGAGAACCUGUGUGCCACUGCUUUUGACCAUGGUGACGGGGAAUCACUUCUAACAAGGAAGAAUGGGAAGCCUGGCUCACAGCAGAUUCCUAGUACAGACAACAAAGAGCAGGAUGGCAGUUCGGCCUUGAAUAUAAAAGAAGAAAAGAAAAGAGGACAUGAAAAAUGGUCUUCUGGGGACUUUGUUACUGAACUGACGUCUGAGGAGUCUGAGUUGGCUGCUGAUCUUCUGAGAGCAAAGGAUACUUGGAGUUUAAAUGACAGCAACCCAAAUAAAGGAAGGACAAAAGGUUCUGGAGGAAGCAAAUUUUUUGGUCCGGUGGAGAGCCAACUGAAGAGAGUAGAAAUGUCACAGACCUCAACCACUGCAGAUGCUGUUCAGGCCCCAAGACAGGUCCACAUUCGACCUGCAGAAUCCACCAACAUUGCGAUUGGAAAAGA